AGAGGGGGCAGGACAACGCAUGGGAUGGAAAGGACGCCAGCCUUGUAAGUGACAGGCGGCCAAAAUGUACGGGGAAAACAACCCUGUCGCGUCUCAGUUUUGGCGAGAAGAUCUGGUUGUUUCUCGUCGAAUCUGUUCGUUCAAGAAAGACAUCAAGGAGUGCUCUGGCAAACGUUGUCUGAUCUCACUACGGUGCUCUUUCUUAAAGAAUCAGCGAUUCUCUGUUUCUUGCAAUGUUCGUUUGGUGAUUUCUGACUGCACGUCAUCAAUGACAAACAAGAUUGCUGAUGACUAUCAGCUGACCUGCAAGCAGUAUAUGCUGCAGACUGUCUUUGACAUGCCUGUGCUUAGUGACGAACGAGCGGAGUUGCAAGUCGAAAUUAGCUCGGCUCCUAUCUUCACCAGAGUACGCGCCGAGCUGUCCUUGUUUCAACUACCUUCAAGUGUUAUGCAAAUCAUCGGUGCUCCUGCUGGGUCAAGCAUCGAGGCCUCUCCCAGUUCUGACCUAUCCGAUACCAUGGAAGGAGAGAAUGAUGAGCAGCAAGAUGAGCAGCUCGGGACGUCGCCAAGCAAAACCUUCUUGGGUUUCUUGGGCAUGAGGCCAGGAAAGCAUAGGAUUGGUCAAUACGAAAAUUCAAUGCAGGAGCAACCGACGAUUAGCGCUGAAGAUGACAUGAAGGAUUCUUCACUUGACUGUGUCAGUCCUGAGAGUUUCAAUGCAUCAUAUCGCAGCUGGUUCCGCCCUAAGGUCCGAGAAAUGGAUCAGGACGUUCAGAGCCAUUCCAUGUCCUCUGACUUCACUGAAGACAUUCUAUGCC